AUGUCGAAACGCUGUUCUUUGAGACGAUCGACGCCAAGACCGGCGCUUCUUUAUCCUCAGGCCCUGGUUGCCUCAGGCCACCAACGCGCCGAUCCGAUCAACGCGUCCCAACUUUUCUUUCAACAGAUCAACACCGCCGUGCACUGCCGCCCACAUAAAUUCCUGGCCGUCCUUGUCAAUUCCACAGGUAACUCCAUUCCUGCCUUCACUGCUAUACCCACCUCCAAUCCAGACCUCGCUCCUAACCUCAACUCAGUCAAUCAAACAGGGGCGCUCACAUCCCCUAACCUCCCCAAAAUGGCCUCCACCAGCGCACCCUUCGUCCUCGACACGCCGACCCUCCUCUGCAUCGGCUUCGCGCUGUCAUUCAUGCCCAUCGCCUACAUUCUAGGCCGAACGCUGAUCCCCUCCACACACGCGCGCAAUCGCCUUCUCUUCUUCUGGCACGCCUACGACGCCCUCACACAUAUCUUCAUCGAGGGCUCCUUCCUCUACCAGUGCUUCUUCAGCUGGACCGCCGUCCCCGUCGGUUUCAACCGCGAGCCCUACUUCCUCGGCUACAAGGACCGCGUCUAUGGCGCCGCCCACGGCACGGGGCCCAGCGCGCGGCUGUGGCAGGAAUACGCGAAAGCCGACGGCCGCUGGGCCGUGGCGGACCCGUGCGUCAUCGCGCUGGAGAUCCUGACUGUGGUUCUGGGUGGACCGGCAGCGGUCUACACCUGUUAUCUGUUGUGGCAGUCAUCCAGCGCCAAAUCUAGCGCGGCGGUGCGCGGCGCGGCCAAGGGCAAAUUGUGGCUCGUGGCGCCCGCGUUGGCGACUGCGGAGCUCUACGGCGGGUUCAUGACCUUUGGACCGGAGUGGUUGACGGCGAGCUCGCAAUUGGCGACGGGUAACCCGGUCUAUUUGUGGUUUUAUCUGUUCUUUUUCAAUACCCUGUGGGUGUUUGUUCCUGGGUGGGUGCUCUGGGAGGCUUAUAAGGAGCUCAAGGGGGCGUUUGUCAAGGCGGAAGGAACAAGUGGGAAGAAGAAGCAGUAA